AUGCCCUGUCUGCCUCCUUCCCCUAUUCAAUUCUUUCAUUCACAGUUGCCUCUCUUGACAAGCCAAGUCCUUCUUCUUCAUCGACGACUGUUCCUUUCAGCCUUCAUCAUCGGUGUUCUCACCUGCCCCGAUGAUUACCUCUAUGCUUAUGGCUUAGCUUGCCUCCCCGUCUCUACGUCCGCUCUAAUCAUUGCCACCCAGCUCACUUUCAUCGUCGCCUUCGCCUUCCUUCUCGUCAGGCAAAAGUUCACCCCUUUCUCCAUAAAUGCUAUUGUCUUGUUCACCACUAGAGUUGGUGUGCUGGCUCUUCAUUCAUCUGGAGAUCGCCCCCGAGGUGAGUCCACCAAGCAAUAUGUGCUGGGGUUCAUGUUAACACCGACGGCAACGGCCUUGUACGAUUUUUUGUUGCCUUUGAUAGAGCUUAUGUAUGAUGGUGUAGAAGAACUUGGGAAGAUGUUGAAUGUUAAUUCCAUGUUUUUGGUCGGUGUUCAUUUUAGUGGCAACUUUGAGCAAAUCAAAGAGCUCACAAAGAGAGGGUCAAUCACAAUUUAG